AUGACGACGAAAGCGCUGGAAGUUCUUCUAUGGCUUCAAACAGGCCUGGUGUUGGCCGUAGCAGUCGUGCUGCGCGUAACAUCGGCCGAAUGUAAGUUUCCCAGGUUCAUGCACACAGAGCAAAAUGCCUGGGUGCGCGGCUACGAGAAGGGUGACCGCUUCGUUGCCUACUUCCAGGACGGUAUAAUGAAGGCCAGUAGCUGCCGCGCCAACCAGUGCGUUCUCUAUGAACGCAAAUGUAUCGAGGAGCUGCCCAAUGGCCAGUAUAUCGCAUCCCACUCGGAGCAGCACCACGCUCCAAGGUUCCUGUGCCUAGAAUUCGUGCGUCGCAGCGAGAUCAUCGUCCAACUGAAACAGUCCGAGCUCUCUUCUAACCAGUACCCAUCGUUAUGCAAGAAACUCGUGCUUGAUCAGUGGCCGCUCGUGCUGCUGGAAAAGCUUCUAGACCACAAAGUUGGUUGUCCAUUUUCAGGUGGCUAUAACCUACAGAUGUUCGACAGCAGUGGCACACCUCUGUGUCCGCAGGAGAUUGUUCCUAUCCGUUUGGAAAGCGAAUGCGAAUCCGGCGAAGGGAUGAUGAUUCAUUUCAGAAAGGAAUUGUGCAUUCACCCAGAUCUGAACAUGGAGGUGAAGCAGAAGCUCUACUGUCUCGCUCACUGGGCAGAGGGAAAAUAUCGCUUCAUCAUAUUAAGAGAGAAAGACCGACGUGAUCAUAUCUGGUCGCUGCGUAUUAAAGAACCAGUCUCAGAGAUUAAAGACGCGGCUCUAUUCAUGGUUCCGGUCUGCGAUGCGGAAGAUACCAUCACCCAGACGAAUAUGUAUCUCCAGUUGAAGCUGGACAAAUAUGUUGUCUCGACGACCUGCGCUGACGAAUUCAAAGAUUGUUCCCAGUACGUCCAGUUCUGCGACUCUGGCUAUCGACAACACUGCUCUAAUUCCUGCCGGGACUGCCGACCUGACGUCAUCAACCUCUGCCCAUUCUCUGAACGCCUCCGUAGUACCUGGGUGCAGAGCAUGAAAAGAAACAAGCAACUAUCCAUCAACAUUACUCACUACCAUAUCUAUAUACAGUCGUUGGGCAUGUUUCAUUGCCUGAUGGCGAAGGGAAAGAGUACUUCCGGCACGAAUGUCUUGCUUCAACUGUUCCAGAAUGGUUGUUAUCCGCGUUACACUUGCUUACAGAUUGAGAAAACGGCACCGUCCGUUAUAAGAUAUCGACUUGGUCGGAGUAUCGAAUGGCCUUUAGCAUAUCCGGGGGAUUUAAAAACUUUCAUUUGCAAAGACGACCAUUUUGACUACAGUCCCGAUGUCCAGGCCGUCCAAAGAAAGCCGAUGACCGUGUUGGUAAACCUGAAAAAAACCCACUCCGUGAACUGUAAUCUAAAUCCAGCCAUUAACCGCUUCACAAGAUUAAGGGAUGAGAAAUUUAGUGAAUAUUGUCUGUUGCACGACCCCAGCAUCAACUCGGACCGAAUUGUCUUGCACCACCUGAACAGUUCGUCGAAGCCCAAACAAAUCAGCUUCGCAUGUCUUGCCUCCUUCGACAUCAACCAGCAGACAAAGGCAGUCGUUCUGAAAGCCAUGCAUCGCAAGAAUCAUUUUGUCUGCUGGGUAUUCACAGCUCGUAAUAAGAUCCUCGUCUUACCCCCGUCAGAUUGCACAAACACCACAGCCCACGAACAACCUAUCACGGAGAGGAAAGAGGACGAGGCGUCUCAGUUCUUGGUCAUGAAAGACGUGUCACGGACCUGUGAAGAGUUUUGUCUGACAUCAACGCCCCACAACAACAUGGUCAAUACAACUUUGCUGCCCUCCAGUAGCUCUUGGUAUAACAGUUCAGGCCCCAACCACGUCCCAGCUGGACAAUCAUCUAAGUCGCCCGCGUCGUUAGGUUACGAUUGCAGAAUCCACCACAGACUGUUAGUCGUAUUCAUUCUAUUUUUACUGAUUUCUCUCGUCUGCAUGCCUGCAUAA